GCACUUACAGGCAGCAGGCGGUGACCUCGUAUUACAACGACCCACUGGAGCACGCAUGGCACCUGCAGAUCAUUGCGAUUUCUUCGGGAAUGGCAGACCUGCACAGGAUGGCGACAGCGAUUUCGACGACCGUCCCCCGAACGUGGGCGACGACGAUGGCGCCAGUGGCGAUGAUCACGGUGACGGAGGAGAUAGGCCACGACCAGCACAUGGUGACACGAUGCGCGCCGACGAGGCAGGGGGCGAGCACCGCACAGCAGUAGAUCACGCUCGAGAUGGAGUGCAUGAUGAUGGUUCACGACCUGUCUCGGGCGGUGAUCUGAGGCGCUUGAAACGCGGACCAAGGGAAAAAGACACUAUCGCUUCACGUGUGCGCAAACGUCAUGGUGGGGUUGCUAGCAUUCCACUAUCACGAGUCCCCGCAACUGGCCAGAUUCCAGUUUCUGAGGACUCUUUCAGCGAUCACGGCGGCGAGGAGCGGAUCGAGCUGCAUGGCGGGAGCGGUCAUCCACGAGGUGACACUUCGAGUAUGCACGCGACAGCAACGAUGGGGCCUUCCGCAGCAGUCCCAGAAUCGCAACAGGGUCCAGCACCGUUGAUGCGUCAUCCCGAGGUUCAGGGAGAGAUCAGUCCUCUCCCGGCAGUGCGGGACGAGGGUUCUGUCGGUGCACUGCAUCCACUCACGUCUGCCGGAGCGGCAGUCUCAGUUGCAGCGACCUCGGAUGUGGGACAAACCACUGGUAGCGGUGGAGCAAGAAAGUAUGCUCCCACCUCGCAGUGUUGAACCGCGGCCACCGCCUGCAUUGAUGGAGGGGAGUCAGGGGACCGUUGUUGUGUGUCAAGGCGACGAUCUCCCGGAACGUGAUAUCUCACACACUCCCGCAGCCGAGCAGAG